CGCGCCAUCUUUAGAAAACAUUGUGGAAGAAGCGGUAGCUAAGUGAAGCUCGAUUUCACCUUGUUGAGAAUAACUACCGUGAAAUAUUGGCCUCAGUUGGCCAACUGAGCUAAUUUGUGUAGGUAAACUCUAUAAUGUGUACGCUAUUGUAAAUUAUGUCAAUUUUAAAUAACAUUGAUUGAAAAGGAAGACGGAGAUCUAUCAUUGCUAUGAGUAACCAGCUAAUAACGUUAGCGAGCUAGCUAGCAGGCCACAAUCCGCAUGAGCACAAGUCAUUACCUAGCAAGCUAGCUAGUUAGCGUGGACAUUUCAGUUUGCAUUGUUUACUCAACUAAAUAUUGACGUUAUUCAUUCAUGUUGAUAAAGCUAGCUAGUUUUUAAACUCCGUUAUCUAGCCAAGAUUUUGUGCAGCAUGGGUUUUUCGCCAAUUAAUUGACUAAUACGAUAUAUUAGCCUGUAGAGGUGGGUACUAUGGUUGUAUUUGUAAACAACUAGCGGCCUACGCUAACUAACAGCAAAAAAAAACUUGUUUCAGCUAUAAAAGUUUGAUCAUGGGAAUCAAGGUUCAGCGUCCACGCUGCUUCUUUGACAUUGGCAUCAGUAACGUGCUGGGUAAGAAGGCUUAGGUUUUCCAUUGGUCUUACCGUCCCGUUUAUCAUAUCUGAAAUGUAACUAAAAUGUGCACUAACAUGAACAUGGUUUCUCUUUCAGUUGGCAGAGUUGUGGUAGAAUUGUUUUCUGAUGUCUGUCCCAAAACAUGUGAGAACUUUCGAUGCCUCUGCACAGGUAAUUGACUUUCUCUUGCCUUGGUCUGACAUUAGUGUACCAUCUUUAAAUUAUGCACAUAUUGUCAUCUCUGUUUUGAUUUAAACAUUACUUUCUGUGUAGGCGAGAAAGGAAUUGGAAAAGGUACACAAAAACCUCUGCAUUACAAAGGAUGCCUAUUCCACAGAAUUGUGAAGGACUUCAUGAUUCAAGGAGGAGACUUCAGUGAAGGUAUAUGAAAUACUUCUUAGCCUUAACCAAAGACAACAGUGGAAAUGUUUUUAUUUUAUGAAAUUCUAAUAUCUAUAUUCCUUCUGUAAAUCAGGCAAUGGAAAGGGAGGGGAAUCUAUCUAUGGAGGAUUCUUUGAAGGUAGGACUCUUUACAGAUACUUUUGUUAAAUAUUCUAAUCAAAACCAACCUCAAGGACUAAUGUCAUGUCUGUAUCUCAGAUGAAAGCUUCUCUGUCAAACAUAACAAGGAGUACCUCCUGUCAAUGGCAAACAGGGGCAAAGAUACCAAUGGAUCACAGUUUUUCAUGUAAGUCUAUUGAUGUUUUAAUUUUUAAAAGGCCUUGCUAUUAUCAGUUGGUCAUUCAUACAUCUAGCAUCUUGAGUGAACCUAACCUACAAAAAUAUGUUUUACUCUCAUUCUAAUCUUCUGCUCCAUUUUUUUUUAUCCUGGUCUACAGAACAACAAAACCCACACCACAUUUGGAUGGGUAAGUAUAAUAUUUGGACAAGCAUUGCAACUUAGUUUGACCAUCUGUAUCUGAUUGAAUGGUCUUUUGAUAAGAGCAUGUUAGAUCAAUAGUGAUCUGUUCUUCAUUGUUAUCACCUGUUAUAACUUGCUGAUUUUAUUCUAGUGUCCAUGUGGUUUUUGGCCAAGUGAUCUCUGGACAAGAGGUUGUUCAGACAAUGGAGAGUCAAAAGACAGAUGCUGGCAGUAGACCAUACUCUGAAGUGAAAGUUAUGAACUGUGGAGAGCUCAUUCCAAAAUCGAAAGGUUUGUAGGAUUAUCAACAUUUGGCAAGUUGUUUUAAGCUUGUUAUUGCUUUAGAUUGUAGAUCUUGGACUGUCUUAUCGUCAGGAUCAAAGCUUGUAAAGGUAUCCUUAGCACUGGUGUUGUGUCCUCUACUAUUUACAGCAAGAAAAGAAGAGAAGAAAAGACAAAAGGCCGUCUCCAGUGGCAGCGACAGCUCUAGUGACUCUGACAGUUCUGACGUCUCUUCUGAAUCUGAGGGUGACUCUGAUAAAGAAUCCAAGAAACGGAAGAAGAGGCACAAGAAAGAGUCCAAGAAGAAGGACAAGAAACAGAAGAAGAAAGAUAAGAAAGGGUUUGUACCGAAACUGUUUUAAUGUGCUUCAUAGCAUGAUAACUCCCACAACAGCCUUCAUGAAAGCAUAGGUUUGAAGUCUGGUCUGUAAUGUCUGUAGGUCUGAGCUCGGCAGUGGUGAUGAGAAAGAGGAAGAGGUUACGUCUACGGUACGACCAGAGGAAAUCCCUCCUAUCCCAGAAAAUAAGUUCCUUAUGAGGAGAAGUCCUCAGCAGCAAAAAGAAGAGUCUGGAAAGGAGAAGGAAAAAAAGAGUGAGAGGGAAAAGCCUAGGGAGAGGUGAGUACAUGGACAAGACGGAACAACAUUCCAGUUCAUUCUGAACCUUUACAACUGGGAGCUAUAUUCAUUUAGAUACAUUUUUGUUUGUUUUGUUGCAGAAUGUUUAAUUGUCAGUCAGCACAUAAGAGGAAACUUCUGAUGACAAGAUCAGGCAGGACGAUUAAAGGCAGAGGUCCAAGAGUAAGUGCACUGUCAAACAAGUACAGUACUAUCAUACAGUUUCUGGAAAAACAAGGAUCUAGAAAGUUCAUGUUAAUUGAAUCUUUUACUUGCAGCGGUACCGAACUCCGUCACAUUCCAGGUCAAGGUCAAGGGAUCGUUUCCGGCGCAGCGAGACUCCUCCACACUGGCGCCAGGAGAUGCAGCGUGCACAAAGGGCACCAAGAGCAUCCAGUGGAGACCGCUGGAUCAAGGGUGACAAGUAAGAGUCUUAACUUUUUAUUGUUAAUAUUUGAACUGUCAGUGCUAGACUGAUCAGGGUGUUAAAGUGAAAAUCAGCUUAUUAUUAUCAAAUUACCUGGCUUCUCAAGUAUUGCCUAAUUUCUCCUAUUGCCAAAAGUGAUCAUCAGCCAAGGGCCAGUUAUUUAAGUUUUAUUCAAAUAGUCUUAACUUGGAUUCUGUGUUUGCUGUGGGGGUGACUUCUCUCUCUAUUUAUGUUGUAGGGGUGACAUGACAGAGGGCAGGGAUGAGAGUGGCAAAGCUCCAAGAGGACGAGGGAGGAAGACUUCUGAAACCAAGCAAGAAAACGCUGUUGAAAACCCCAAUCAAAACAAAGAGAAGGAGAAGAAAGGUCGCUCCCAUAGAUCCAAGAGCAAAGAAAAGGACCCUUCUAAAACUGAAGACAAGCACAACAAACACAAGGCAAAGAAGGCCAAAUCUCGAAGCCGCAGUAAGAGCAAAGAGAAAAGUGGUAGGUCCAAAAGCAGAGAGAGGGAUCAGAAACAUGGCAAAGGUGAUGAUAAGAGGGGCCGCUCAAGAAGCAAGGACAGACACCUCAAUAAAGAGUCUGGAACUCAAGACCGUGAUAAAAGUAAAGAACAAGCUAAACCCACUGAGGCUGAUGUUAAGAACAGAAAGGAGACAAAAGGAAGAAAUGGUGAGAAGCUGAGGACAAAGUCUAAAAGCAAGGAGAGGAACUCUGGAAAGGACCGAAACCGAUCUAACAGCAGAAGCAGGGACAGGGGGAGACGUGCCACAUCUCGAGACAAAGAGCAAGCACGGGACAGAGAGCGAGGUAGGGAGCGCAGUAAGAGUAUUGAAAGACAGCACCACAGAGAGAGGGAGGACAAGAGGAGAGGUAGAUCCAAGAGCAGAGAGCGGACAAGGAGUCCAGACAAGAAUAAGAGCAGGGACUCGCGUAGAGGCAGGCGCUCCAGGAGUAAGAGCAAUAAUAGAGACCAUAGCAAAGACGGUUCAUCUCAUCAGAGGAAGAACAAAGACAGUGAAGACACUCACAGACGAAGGAGGUCCAAGAGCAGCAACUCGGAGAAUAAAGGGAAGGACAGAAGUAGAAAGAGCCCCGUCUCCAAGAAGAAAAGGGACGGCAGCACAGAAAAGGAGUCCUCUCACAAGUCCAAAGAUACAGGGAAAAGCCCUGAGCGGAAUCAAAAGGCAAAGAGCCAAGAGAAGGAUAAAAACCACAGCAAGAAAAAGAAGUACAGCUCCAGCUCAAGUUCUGAUAGUGAUUAGUCCACUAAAUGUUCAUUCUUGUCCCAUCCUUGAACAUAAAAAUGAAUGCGCUGAUGCCUAAUAAUAUGUGAGGUUCUGCUGUAGACCUAUUUUAGACACUUGUUAGAUAUCACAAUAUAUCCAAUUCUGGAAUAUUUGUACAAAUUAAGAUUUCAUAAGAUUUGACAGCGGCUAAAAGCCAUUUUAUGUUUGUUUAUUUUUUAUUCGCUGUCACACUAAUGACAAAUGUUGGGAAUGUAAUGUGCAUUAAUGGUCUGGAGUAAGGAAGUGACUGAACAGGUCAGUGUUGGAAGGAACAUUUGUCAGGUUUUAUUCAAAAAAUGAUCUUUCAGUCUGGUCUCGUACUGAGGGGACGUGAUUCCAUUGUGAUAAUUAUAAUGGAAGGGAUGAGUUUGAUGUCUUUCUGGCCUUUAUGCCUGACUCAAGUACUAUUACAUGGAUACAUCACCAGUAUGACUAAUCAUAUGGUUAUUUUCAACAUUUUGAUGGUUCGAAUUACCAAGUCUCAUUAUGUCACAGAACAUACUGUAAGUGCAACAUAUAAAAUGGUUUUGUAAAAAUUCUUAUCUUCACCUUUUAGUAUUUUCACUGAAAUUUAAGUGGAGAUGUCAGGAGAGAAGGCUCAAUUUGACUUGAAAGGCUGAUAAGAGCACAGACAUUUUGUGAAAUGAUUGGGGUGUUAGAUGCGUAUACCGUUUAAAUAUUUUUUUACCUGUUUCAGGGAACCAGAACUUUUUUCCUGACCUCAGUCUCAAAUGAGUUUUGUAUAAUUGUAUGCAUUUUUGUUAGUAUUUUAUGUUCAGAUUUUCCCCCCAUUACAUCUUUCAAAUUGUUUAAAAUUCCUCACCAGGGUAAUGUGUAAAUACAUUGCUGUGAAGUUCCACCAUGUUAGUUCAUACUAGGUGUUGCAUUUCUGGCAUGACUUUCGUUUAAACUAUAAAUGAAAACCACUGGCU